UCGGCAUCGCGGACCCGGGCAACCGCUCCCUGGACAUGACCGCCCACAAUGUACGCGUCGCUCGCAAGGGCGCUCCAGGACGCUCUGUGCGGAUUCGUCGUCCUGUUCAAAUGGGUUGCGAGCUUGGCCUCCAGGAGGCCCUGAGCCAGCUCGACAGGCUGUCGGCCAGCGACGCCACCUGCCUGCGCCGCCUCCUCGCCACGGAGGCGCGCGAGGUGGGCGACGGCGAGCCGCUGCGGUACGGGAGCCUCACGUCCUGCCCAGACACCGGCCUCUGCGACCUGCUCGUGCGCCGCCUCGCGGACAUCCUGCGGGCCGCGGGCCCCGGGAGGCUUGUUGGGGCGGCGAGGAGGGGUGGGCUCGCAGAGGAGGAGCGCGUGCUGGCAGGCGGACUUCGCGCCGCCGCGGAGCAGCAGGGGGUGGCCGCGAGUGAGCUGCGCGGGGUCCGCCAGGCGCUCCGUGGGCGCGCCGGCGGCCUGUGCCCAGGGUGGGUCAUCGACGCGGCGGCCACCGAAGCCUUCGGAGCGUCCUGGCCGGCGGCGCCGCCGUGCGUCUGGGCGCCGCCUCGGCGGCGCGGUCCUCGCGCGCGGGCGGUUGCCUGCCCAUCGGGGCGGCCUCGAUGUGGGCAACGCGUCGCCCCUUGCCGGCGCCCACGUGACCUGUGGGUAUCGGACAUCGGCCGUGCCGGCUGUCGCGGCGGGCGCGCCGACUUGAGGUUCGUGGUGCUGUCGUCCACCUGGCGCUGCCCGCAGUACGCCAAGAGGGUCCUGAAGCUGGAGGGCGCCAUCUCCGCGCACCUCGGCAGCCCCUUCCAGUUCAGGGGGGCUCGGGAAUUCGAAGGCACGGCGAUCCAGCAUGUGGUGGACGUCUCGUCGGGCGACCUGAUCGUCCACGCCAAAGAUGCUGGACCUCGGAAUUCCGAGGGCACGGCGAUGCAGCGCGUGACCGACGUUGCGUCGGCGAGCGAUCUGGCCGUCCAUGCAGUGCCAGCGCCAUGUUGCCCUGGGCAACCCGAGGGCUGGCAAUUCUCCAUCGCGGAGACCCACCGGAACAAGAGGCGGGAAUUGGAGAGGCCUCACUCUUCGCACGAGACUCACCUGGGCCAGUCUGCCACCCUGUGUCAGCAAGCGGACGUGAUUCAGGCGUUGGGCACGGGCAAGUGGCAGUGCGUGCUUUGCGAGGAACACUUUGUCACGCUGGGCAAGGCGGUGAACCGCGCCUGCCGACGUGCUGGCGCCGCUGCCUCCGCCGCAGCAGCACCGCGCGGCAAGCGAGCGCGAGCCGCGCCCUCGCGCGGCCGAAGGCCUGACCCGUCCCGGGCAUCCGACUCACGUCAUAUCCCCCCGAUGCCAGAUCUGUCGGCGUUGCGCGCUUCUCAGACCAAGCUGUUCGGGGAGGCGAGCGCCGGAUCAGCUGCCCUGCGGCUCGCGCGCGCCACGUCGCUCGCGAACGCUGCGCUGGUCGAGCCCCCUGUGUCCGCGGAGCCGCGCGUGGGGGAUUUCUUCGAGUGGCCAGGCGAGGAGAACGUGCGCGCUUGUAUCAUGUCUUUCGUGAAAUUCGGCACGGCGCGCGUGCUCCCCCUCUUCAGGCGGCCUUCGAAUCUGAAGCAGUUUCGCGCGCGCGACGCCGGGCUACCAUUCGCGACUUGGGUCCAGAUGCGCCUGGGGCCGAUGGCGCCGCGGCUCGCCUUCGCAGUCUGCGCCUCUCACGGGGCAAUCGGGGACUUGGACUUCUCCGCGAGCGAUGCCCGGCAGCUCCGCCCCAUCGGGCCUGGGGGCCGCGACGAGAAGGAGCGCCGCGCCACCCGGGGCCCCCGGCCUGUCGGCGCCAACGUUGGCGACGUUGCUGGGGACUUCAGGGCGAUAGUCGGCGGCCUGGGCGCCGCCUUCUCCGGGGCUGCGCGGCGCGACGAGGCGGCCUUCAAGCGUUCGCAACGGCGCGUGGAGAGCGGCGGCGUCAUCGUGGACACGGGCGCCCGCAGCGCCUUGGGGUUCGAGCUCGGGCGGGGCGCGCUGCGCGUGCACAAACGCUUUCUCGAGGCGCUUAACGCGACCUCGGUCGAUGCUGCGCGGGCGACCCGCUGCUCGCGCAAAUGGUUGGGCUCUCUCAGCCCCGAGGUCCGCCUUGGCCGCUCGAGCGCGGGGCCGAUCUUCGGCGGCGCAGACGACCGGCUCGCGGCGCGAGCGGGGGUUCAGGGCGCCGCGCUUCUGGACGUGCCCCAGGUCUUGCAGCUGCGCUUCCAGGGCGCCGCUUCUCUGGCCGCGUCGUUCGAGGCUCUCAGGGGCAGCGUGGCAGACGAGAGGUGUUACCCAGUCCACGGGGAAGCGCUGUCCUUGCCGGCGAAAGCGGCGAUCUUGGAGGACGCGGCGCUCGUCGUGGAUGAGGGCGCGCCAGACAGCCGCUUCGGCCGCUUUCAAGCUCGUCUAGUUACGCCCCGCUCGGGCAUCCGAGCGCGGUGGCCAUCGCCUGGGACCUCUGCGGCCUGGGCGACUUGUUCGCGCUUCCCAACGUCGCCGAGGCCCGCGGCGAGGCGCCCCCGGAGCGGUGCCGGGCCCAGUUCCGCUGCCUGCGGCGCGCGCGCAUUAGGCCCGGCGGCGUGCUUGGAUGAGGAGAGCGCGCCCGGCAAGGGGGAGGGCGACGACUCCUCCGCGGCCGGCGACGCCGCGGGCGACGGCGAAAUCUCCAAGGGGAGCGACGACGAGCAUAGGGAGUCGCGUGAGAGGUGCGCUGCCGGCAGCAGUUGCGACCGCGUCCUCGUGAACCAGCUCCACCCGGCGGUCUUGCAUGGGCUGUGCGCUGGAUGCCGCCGCAAUCUCUGGGCCGCGGAGGCGGGGCGGGAGGUCUCGCUCGGCGCCGUCGCAGCGUCGCGCUGGGAACAAAUGCCGACGGAGCGAGCCCAGCUGGGCGGGGAACUCUAUUAA